UGUCUGGGAGAAAGGAAAUAAAGCACUGGAAUGAUAGGACUUUGAUGUGUAAAGAAGUUAAUGUCGAAAGAAGUUAAUUAUCUAAAUCAUCAAACAAAAUGGAUGAAUAAUACUGCAGCCAGCCCAAUGUCUACUGCCACUUCAAGUAGUGGAAGAAGUACAGGAAAGUCUGCAAGCUUUGCCUCAGAAUUGCAGAGUAUGAUAUGAAUAAUACUGCAGCCAGCCCAAUGUCUACUGCCACUUCAAGUAGUGGAAGAAGUACAGGAAAGUCUGCAAGCUUUGCCUCAGAAUUGCAGAGUAUGAUGUUUUCUUUAGGUGAUUCUAGGAAGCCUCUUCAUGAAACAGCAGUUUUGGUAGAAGAUGUGGUACACACUCAGUUAAUUAAUCUGUUACACCAAGCUGCUGAAGUUUCUCAGCUCCGGGGAGCAAGGGUAAUAUCUCCUGAAGAUCUUCUGUUUUUGAUGCGCAAAGAUAAGAAAAAACUUAGAAGACUGUUAAAAUACAUGUUUUUCCGAGACUACAAAUCAAAGAUUGUCAAAGGCAUAGACGAGGAUGAUCUUCUUGAAGACAAAUUGAGUGGCAGUAAUAAUGCAAACAAAAGACAGAAAACCGCACAGGACUUUCUCAACUCUAUUGACCAAACGGGAGAACUCUUGGCGAUGUUUGAAGAUGAUGAAAUUGAUGAAGUUAAACAAGAAAGAAUGGAGAGAGCAGAAAGACAAACUCGAAUUAUGGAUUCAGCCCAAUAUGCAGAAUUCUGUGAAAGUCGACAAUUGAGUUUCUCCAAAAAAGCCUCCAAAUUUCGAGACUGGUUGGACUGUAGCAGUAUGGAGAUAAAACCCAAUGUUACCGCUAUGGAAAUUUUGGCAUAUUUAGCGUAUGAAACUGUGGCACAGUUAGUGGAUCUGGCUCUACUUGUGAGGCAGGACAUGGGAACCAAGGCAGGAGACCCGUUCAGCCACGCCAUUUCGGCCGCCUUCAUUCAGUAUCACAGCUCUGCCGAGGGAUCUUGCAUGAAGUCCUACCCAGACUCCCCUGAGAAUACACCUCCUCCUACACCAACAGCUCCAUCCUCUGGACCACAGCAUGCAGGGAAAGCCACAGCAGGAUCCCUCGGGAAUGGGAGUGCUGGACAAGACUCAGCAAAAACCAAGCAAAGGAAAAGAAAAAAGAGCACUGCGGCCUGUGGUGUUGAGGCUCACAGCGAUGCCAUCCAGCCCUGCCACAUCAGAGAGGCCAUUCGGCGCUACGGCCACAAGAUUGGCCCCCUUUCCCCAUUCACAAGUGCCUACCGCAGGAACGGGAUGGCUUUCCUGGCCUGCUGACGUGGCUGGGCCUGGACCGAGGGAAAGGCGAUGCUCUGUGAAGGUAGCGUCUCGUUCUCCGCGGGCCUUAUCUUACCUGGCUGAAAACUUCCAGGCUGUCGGACUCCGUCCAUUUGCUCAGCAAGGAGACUUCUGACCCUGACCGCGUCCCAGCUGCACCCAGACCGGGACCCUUUCCAACCGGCUGCAGCCCAGACAAGCACAGGGCGCCGCCGUGUCACAAACAAUUCCAUGCUUAGAAUUCAGGCCCUUGGAUUGGGGGAAUUUACCGUAGGAGCUGACUGAAGCAAAAUGUCCAGAUUUAAUCACUUUUGAAUUUAAUUUCACACACAUAUUUUACUCCUGAUAUCCUCUGCAUCGAACACUCUCCCACAAGAUGAAGUGGCGAACACGUUUCGCUUCCCCCGGGUAACCCAUGCCCAAGGUGUGUGUUUUGCUUCAUUUUUUAAAGAAUUCUUUUGGCCAAUCCACAUCCUCCGAGUUACUGUGUAAAAUCCAGUGCCUGAUUCCGAAAUUGUAUGCAUCUGCUGGACAUACACCCUGUUAAACGCUCAUGACUGCUGACAAAUGUGAAAAGUAUUACCAGGCCUAUUCUUAACAUUGUUUUGGCAAGGCUGCUGCUGUGGGGGGGAAAUUCCUAUAGAAUCUUAAUGAGCAAACUGAAUGAUUCUUUGAAAUGUGGUUGUGAUUCCCCAACUUAUAGUGGUGAUGUCAGUGGUGCUGAGAAGCAAGAAACAGUAAAAUCACUCAUUUGCCAGCAGGCUCCAGAGAGACCCCAGAAGUCUGCAGGCCUGCGCCUUGCCUACAGCUCUGAGGGCCACGUGUGUCCCUGCCCAGGGCACGUCUCAUGCGCUGGGUCUGCCAUCACUGCGAGCCUGUGUCACAGAAGGGCACGCUGUCCGUGUGUGCUUUUAUGGGACCUGAUCCCCUGCUGGCCUUUUUCUGUUUGUCACCCGCAUUUGUCUUCCAGAGAAGAACCACCUGUUCCAGCUGCUGGAGAAAGACAUGGCUUUCCUCCCACUCACCUGAGUCCCCUUGGUAGCACUGAAUGGCAAGGGACCAGAAGUUCAAACUCUGGGGACAGGGGAAGGGAAGCCUGAAGGAGGCCUGUCCGCAUGUCCUCACGCACACUGUCCCUGCGGCUUUCUCGCCACCCAGUCUGAACCCUACGUGUCCUGUCCUCAGUGGGCACAGGCCCCAUUGGAAUGAGGCGUCUGGCUGUUCAGUUCUGGUGACUUGCACAGGCUGUGCCCUGCACACAAGCCGGCCAGGGGGCCCGCGUGGUGCCUUCACCAGCAGGGGCCGAGCCUGGCGUCCGGCUUGGGGACAUGUAUCAGCCUAGAGCAGUGAUGGCGAACUCAUGA